GGUUUUGGUGUUUUUUUUAAUCUCCGCGGUCUCUUUAAAUCUCCGCUUGUUUUGGCACCCGCGCUCUUCUCCCCCCGCCCGCCGCCGCCUCUGUUUCUUUGCUGCCUUUCAAUCUCUGCGUGAGCAAAAGGGCUUCCUCUGCAGGGAAGGAAGGGAAAUGCCUGCCGGCCGGAGCAGCAGCAACAGCAGCAGCAGGGGGAGACCAGCAAGAGCAGCAGCAGCAGCAGCAGCCCUGGGCAUCGCACGGCGCGCAGCGACCAAGGACCGUCCACUUGCAGCGAGCUGAGAGCGGCGAUGGGGCAGGGCCACCACGGCUCCCCGAGGCACUGAUCCCCCCUACACCCAAUCCCUGUCCAAGAGGCUCCGUCCGGACACUUUUGGAGACAGAGGGAGAGAGAUUUCUGCUGUUGCAACUCGCGUCUCUUUCUCUCCUCGCAUUCCCUCCCGUCGCUUGCAACUUGGCUGGAGAGAUCUCCUCCCCGCCCCUUUUCCCCAGUCCCUCCAUGCCCCGACCUGAACUUUAGCAGCCCGGGGGCUCCGGCUUAGGGAGCAACCCUGAGCGCCUGCCAGGCGGAGAACAUGAUUUGAAGCCGGGGAGGCGGCCAAGAGGGACGCAGCGAGUCGAGCGCUUUGGCGGAGACUCCGGAAGAUGAGCCACGCAGAUCUUACAAAGCCACCAUUAGCACCAAAGCCAAAGAUUCUCAGUCAUCUCGCUUCCAUAGCUGCUUCCAAAUUUCCUCCGUCGCUGUCAAGGUCUGGCACACUUAACAAUUCAAACUCUAUGUCUAGAGGUCCAAAACCACCCAUUGCUCCCAAGCCAAAAAUCUCUGCUGACAACGAUCCAUCGAUUCUACAGCGAUCCAGUGUUCAUGCCAACAAUACCUUGAACAAAUGUACCAAUGGAAAAUUGGAGGGAGAGCUUUAUGAAGGAAAUCAGUGCAACAACACAGAUUUCUUAGGAUCAGAAGCUGAUGAUGAAUAUAUAGUGAUUUCUGAAGAUGAAUUGAUUGAUAAAGUUUAUGACUUUGAACAUGAGCAAGAAUCAGCAGAGAAUGAGAUCUUGCACACUCCUGAGGAAGCACAUGAUGAAGAGGAUGACUGUACCCACAGCAAUGACAUCGGUGAUCUUGAAAUAAAUUUAUUGGAGAACAAUGAAACUGAACCAUCUGAAAUUCAAGCUCUUGGCAACGCUGAAGCCCUUGAAAAGGAGGAUGCUUCUGAGGGUGGAUAUGACAAGGUGGAUUGUGAAACUGAUGCCAACGAGAAGAAGAUGAACUGUGCAGAUGAGUCUGAUGAAGCACUCCAAGAACCACAUCUGGUAAAGGAUAAUAACGAGUAUAAUGUGGACAGUAAGAUUUUGAAUGGAGAUGAGGCUUUGAAUGAUGCCAUAUGUGAAGAUAUUAUUUUACAGCAUUUAGAGGUGCCAACAUCAUCUUCAGAGGAUCAAUCACCAAUUUGUGAGGCUCCAGGAGAGGAAGGUCUAUCUCAGGUUUUAGAAGAGGAGCAGUCUAAUGCUGAUGCAGAAAUGGGCCCAAUGGAUAAUGAUGGGGAUGAAUCGGCCUCAAAUAUAGAAACAGAGUUUGCAGAGGAUGCUUGUGCAAGCCUAAGCGACCCCCUUGCUAAUUAUUCUGAAGAAGUAGAUACUGGAUUAGAACUACAUGAAGCUGGUCCUGAUCCUGAAGAGACUUUGGGGGAGGCCACAAAUGAAGCCGGUGCUGAAAAGGAGGAGGAACUAGACCCAGCGGAUGAAUGUGAAACAAGCGUAGAACAGGAAGAAAAUACAGAUGAUGGCUACCAAACCACUGAGAUGAAGAGCGAGGAGGAAACAUCAGAGGCAGCAUGUGAUACAAGGGAAGACUCCAAAGAACAAAAGGAUGAAGUGGUAGACACAGAGACCAUGGAUGACAGCUGCCAGAUCAUUCCCUUUGAAAAAGAGUGCAGUGAGGAUGCUCCUGACUCUUCUGAAGAAGAUUUGCCAUUAGAAGGGACUGAAAUGAACAGUGAUAACCAGCUCUUCAGCCUUCAAGAAGUUAAUGAGCUCGAAUCUGACUCCCAGCUGGCAGAAAGAUCCAAGUCAGAUGUUUUACCUGGAGAUCACAGCAUAAGUGAGUGUGCUUUGGAAGUUAUACAAUCAGAUAACCAAAUGCUUGCGGUGGAUCACAGCAGUGUUGAAGAUACUGCCCCAAGUACACCUGAUGAAGGUACAGCUGAAGGUACCUGGCACUCCACAGGAGAAUUGGACAUUUGCCACCCCGGAAAAGCGGAAAUAGACUCAGGCAGUGAAUAUGUGAUUGAUGGAACUUCAGCAGUCCCUGAAGUGGUGGUUGUUCCUGAUAAUGAUGGAGAAAUCAGCAGUGACUCCCUAGAUGACCCAUACGUAUUGGGAGACAGCUUGCCUUCAGCAAAUGAAAUCCUCUGUGCUGGAAAAGAAAUGGGGGAGGCUGGUGUCCAAGAUAGUUCAAGUGAUUUCAGAGAGGGAGGGGGAAUGGACAGCGAAAACCACUUGCUCUCCAUUGAUCGGAAAAGCAUUGUUACUAGAACAAGGUCCCUCUCCGGGAAAGUGCCUGGGUAUGUGCCAGAAACAGUUCCAGAAGAAACAGGCCCAGACACUGAACUGCAGUCCUCAGCCACCGCUUCCACCAUGUCUGAAGAUGUAAGCCAUAGCUUCUCUCUGUCAGAAGGAAAGACAAUGGAAAUGAAUAGAGCCCUACCUGCAAAGCCAAGGCGCUUUGUUUUAUACCCUCGAUCUUUUUCAGUAGAAGGCAGAGAUAUCCCUGUCUCUGUAUAUAGAGAAAGUGAGACCUCCAUGUUGGAUUACAAUAGAAUAAACAGAACAGAAGACCUCUCUUUGCCUUGCGUCAUUGGUUCCUCAGGUAGUUUUUCCCAGAGGAAUCACCUUCCAUCCAGUGGGGUCUCCACCCCGUCCUCAGUUGUGGAUAUUCCACCUCCCUUUGAACUUGCCUGUAUCACCAAGAAGCCAAUAACGAAAAGUUCGCCUUCGCUUUUAAUUGAGAAUGACUCUCCCGAUAAGUACUGCAAGAAAAAGAAGUCCUCUUUCAAGAAGUUCCUCACCUUAAAGUUCAAGAAGAAGACGGAAAAUAAAGUUCAUGUGGAUGUUCAUGUUUCUUCUUCAAGGUCCUCCUCAGAGUCUAGUUAUCAUGGGCCUUCCAGACUCAUGGAACUUGACAGGAGGAGUUUGAGUAGCUCCCCUCAGCUGAUAUCACGGACCGGCAAGCUGAGGGCAUCUGAGUCUCCAACUGUUCUCUUCUACAAGGAUGGCAAAAGAAAAGGGACGCCCAAGACCUUUAGUAGGAGUGUGUCACGGGUGGAGUCUUUUGAGGAUCGCUCCAGACCUCCUUUCAUGCCCCUUCCUUUAACUAAGCCCAGGUCUAUUUCAUUUCCUAAUGCUGAUACGUCUGACUAUGAGAACAUCCCAGCUAUGAACUCUGAUUAUGAAAACAUACAAAUACCCCCACGAAGGCCAACCAGGGCUGGGACCUUUACUGAAUUUUUUGAAGAUCCUAGCAGGGCAUUAUCUGCCGCAAACGAGAAUGACGGCUAUGUGGAUAUGAGCAGUUUUACAGCCUUUGAGAACAACAAGCAGCAACCUACCAGCCAGGAAACUGAAAGUGCCUACACAGAACCUUACAAGGUGUGCCCUAUCUCUGUGAUUCCUAUUGAAGACGUCACAUCAGAUGAGGAACAGAAAAGUUCUGGAGAUGAGGAUGGGAACCAGGGAGAGUCCAACCUCCUCCAUAAGAAAGAAGGACAAUCCAGAGCCCACCUCAUUGCCCAGGAGCUAGUGUCUUCAGAAAAAGAAUAUGUGGAGAUGCUCCGGCUGUUACAUAUGGAUUUCUAUGAAGCUGUCUUAAAAGUGCUGGGAGAUGAAGAUAACAAUGACCAUGAAGAAGCAAAGCUCAAGGAAGGAUUGAAUGAGAUCCCAGAAAUCUACAAACUACACCAAGAAAUACUGGAAGAGCUGGAAGAAAAAGUUCUCAAUUGGGAAGAUCACCAGAAAGUGGCUGACAUUUUCCUCUCCAGGGAAUCAAGGUUCAUUCACCACACGGCUUACAUUAUGCAGUUUGAUAGGAAUUUGGCUUUGCUGGAUGAAGCCCGCCUUAAAACUUCCCAGCUGGAUACUGUCAUUCGGGAAUUUGAGCAGUUUCGUGGUGGGAGUCCCUUGAACGUGAAACAUCAGCUCUUGAAAGUGGUGCAGCGCAUAUUCCAGUACCAUGUGCUCCUCACAGAUUACUUGAAUAACCUUUGUCCUGAUUCCGCUGAGUAUGAAGAAACACAAGCUGCCUUGCUCAUCGUCUCCGAAGUUGCGGACCGAGCCAAUGACAGCAUGCAGCAAGGGGAAAAUUUGCAGAAGCUGGUACAUAUAGAGCACAGUGUCAAGGGGCAGAGCAACCUAAUUCGACCAGGAAGGGUAUUUCUUAAAGAAGGGACGCUGAUGAAAGUGUGUGGGAAAAAUAGGCACCCUCGACAUUUGUUCCUGAUGAAUGAUGUUCUGCUGUAUACGUAUCCCCAGAAGGAUGGCAAGUAUCGCCUGAAGAACACCUUGGCUGUGUCUGGCAUGAGGGUUAGCCGUCCAAUGACAGAAAAGGCACAAAAUGUCUUGAAGAUUGAAUACGCUGAAAAUUGCUUAACUCUAUCGGCAAGCUCAUGCUCUGAAAGGGACGAGUGGUACAGCUGCAUCAGUAGAUGUAUCCCAGAUGACUACAGAGUUCACACUACAGCUGCCUUUCACAACAGUGUUGAACUUCGGGAAAGGCUGGGAAUGUCCUUGGGUGAGAGACCUCCAACCCUGGUACCCGUGUCUCACGUAAUGAUGUGCAUGAACUGCGGUUGUGACUUCAAGCUCACGCUGAGACGUCAUCAUUGCCAUGCAUGUGGGAAGAUUAUAUGCCGAAAUUGCUCAAGAAACAAGUAUCCUCUGAAGUACCUCAAAGAUCGGCUUGCAAAAGUCUGUGAUGGCUGCUACACUGAACUGAGGAGGAGAGAGCGGCCACUAAGUGUGAGCUUCCCUACAAGUUCAUCCAGGUUUUCAGGCAGUGCCUUCUCUUCUGUCUUCCACAAUAUCCACUACUCAUCCUUCAAAAGACAAAAGAAAAUCCCUUCAGCUCUUUUGGAGGUGGCAGCUUCAGGAGAGGGCUCUUCUAUCAGUGGCUAUCUCAGCAGAUGUAAGAAGGGGAAAAGGCACUGGAAAAAGCUGUGGUUUGUCAUUAAAGGGAAAGUGCUCUACACCUACACAGCGAGCGAGGAUAAAGUCGCCACAGAGAGUUUGCCUUUGCUGGGUUUCACAAUUGCCCCAGAAAAGGAAGGCGGAAAUGUGAAUGCAGUUUUCCAUCUUUACCACAAGCAAACUCUGUUUUAUAGCUUCCGAGCAGAGGAUAACAAUUCAGCACAGAGAUGGAUUGAAGCCAUGGAGGAAGCAUCUGUAUUAUAGCAGUUAUCAACCAAGUGGACUUUGAAUGAACACAUUUAUAUUUGCAACAGCACCCUUCUGUUGGAAGAAACUGUAUAUAUCCCUAUGUGGCUAAACACACAGGAGAGAACUUGUAUAAGACUAUUUUGUUCCUUCCUCAAGCUUAUUCCCUUACAGGUGGAAACCUUUAAAACAAGGAAUAUUUAUGGUCCUUUUUUCUAUCUCUGCAAGUUCAAGUUCAUCCUUCGCUGUACUCCGCUCCCAUAUAAUACAGUUGCAUAUUUUCAAGAUUUAGAAUAAAUGUAUGCAUUAUUUCAAAAA